CUCAAUUCUUUAAGGGGAAAUCAAUUGAAGUCUGCCCUGAUACUUCGUGAUGUCCUGGUCCCAUUUACCUAGGUCCACUCCACAAACGAAAGCCUGCCGAAAAUAAAUUUCGCCGAUCGGCAACCUGCUGCCUGCGUCAUCCAGCCAUGGCCACUAAACCAAAGACCAUCUUUCAGUCUGAAUCCCCUUUCACAGAGAUAAAAUGGCCCGAAAUCUCGCCCCAGAACCAGGACAUGAUCCUAGAGCUUCUCUGCAGCCUCUUAUCACCGAUUGGCCAAUACCAAACAACCAACACCACGCCAUCGAAAGGCAAGAGAAGUAAGAAGCGGAAGAGGAAGGAAGACAAGUUGAAAGGAGAGGAAUCGGAUUUUCCGAGACCUCCGCCACUAGAAAUUUCUUCAUUUGUUGUGGUUGGCUUGAACAGUAUUACUCGAAGUCUAGAAACCUUGUCGCAGAAGUCAAAGGCGUUGAGAAACGUUGACUGCGAGAAGAAUGAUGCUGGUCGAGGUCCACAGUCUCCGAAGCCAGCAGCUGAGAGCAAGAUCGAUGCUGGUCAAGUCUCCCAGCGUCCCGCAUCUGAAGCAAAUGCCGAGGGUUUAAAUAUCUCUGAAAAGCCCCUCAAUGGUGCUGGCCAAUAUAUAUCGCCUGGCUCCUCUGCAGAAAAGAGCGAAAAGAGAACUGGUGGCCAAACUUCGCACCCUCUGGCGUCGGGAGCGAAGCAUCAAGCUUUGAACGACGCUGAAAAGCCUCCGGAACUUGCUGCUCAGAACAUGCAAUCCUCCAUCUCCGAGGAAAAGAGCGAGAAGAGCGACACUACGCAGCUUCCAGCUUCUGAAGAUAUAGGCGAGACUGCAAAGGAGCUUCUCGUUGAGGAUGUUCAUCGUCAUUUCUCUGCCAUUUUCGUCACUCAAGCAUCGCAGCCACCAAUUUUACGUGCGCAUCUACCUCAACUCGUUACCACUGCGUCUCUUGCAAAUCCGGAGCUACCGGUCACGAGACUUGUCCAACUCCCAAAGGGCUGCGAGGCCCGACUCUCCGAAGCUCUUGCUCUUCCCAGAGUCUCUUUCAUUGGUAUACUGGAUGGUGCUCCACAUUCUAAGUCGCUUGUAGAUCUUGCUCGAGAGUGUGUGCCUGUUAUAGAGAUACCCUGGCUAGAAGAGGCAAAGAAGUCUGAGUAUCUGCCUCUGAAGAUCAAUGCUAUCGAGAGCUUUGUACAUGUAGCAGCAAAGAAAGUGGAGAAGUCAGCUUGAGGGGCUUUCUCAGGCAUCAACGAACAAUAUGGACUAAUAGAAAUCGGCUCCUCUUUACUUGAAUCUCUUCCUGCAGUCAUUGAACAUUGGCCAUGAGGUGUCUGCUCAAAGUGAAGCAGUCCCGUGACUUGCACGUGCGAGGCACGUGUUCACCUUUGAAUUGACACUUCGGUGCGUUGAAGAGACCAGUUGAGAUCAAAGAUGAAUGUCAAUUGGUCAUUGCCAUCAUAGAGGCCUUUCAAUUUUGCCUUGCCUUGCCUUGCCUUGCCUUGCCUUGCCUUUGUUGUGCUGCCCCAAUCGUGCUGAGGUGCUGAUAGUCUCAACUAAAGAGGCAAGUUGGCGAUGUCAACAACAGCCCAUCAGACCGUUUUGACCAAACAUCCCCGCUAGCCUCAACUACCCCUCUUUGAAAUCAGCAAAUAAGGUCACUCGAAUUUAGGUUUAGUCAGAAAAGCGGAUCCCAUUGUUCUGAAGCCAUUCGGAGGAUCUGGC